AUGGCAGAGCUAAGAUGUAGGGCAAGACAUGCAGUCCUAAGGGUCAUUCAGCAUGCACACUACGGGGAAGAGAUACAGAAGCUCAAGAAGAACCAGACAGUUUCUAAGACCAGUCGCAUUCGUAAUCUAUGCCCGUACCUAGAGAAUGGAUUACUUCGAGUAGGAGGAAGGUUGGAGAAGUCCACAUUGCCACAUGAAGGAAAGCACCCAGUCAUCCUUCCCGGUAAAGAGCGACUGGUAUGGAAGCUGAUUCGUCGAACUCACGUGAUGGAGGGUCACGUCGGCAGAGAUCACGUCACGUCUACUCUGCGCAUGGAGUAUUGGAUCGUUGGAGUGAUAACCGCUGCCAAGAAUGCCCUGAAGCACUGUGUACCUUGUGCCAAGUACCAAGCUUCUAUGAUGUCUCAGAAAAUGGGAUCCCUGCCCAUGGACCGGAUAUCUGCAACUAGAUCCUUUGAAUGUGUAGGAGUCGAUUACUUUGGACCGUUAUACGUCGUUGUAUCACGCCGUCAGUACAAGCUCUAUGGAGUGCUGUUCUCCUGCAACUUCACUAGAGCAAUACACCUAGAAGUAGCACGACAGAUGAAUACGCCAUCAUGCCUGCUAGCAGUUAGUCGAUUCAUGAAUCGUCGAGGAAGCAAGCAUAGCAGUGGUAAAGAGAACUGA